AAGAUUGCUGAUGCGAACGCCAAUAUCUCGCAAUCUUAAGCCCAAAACAAACAUUCCUGGCUUGGCGCCUGCCUUUCCCACGACUUCGACAGAAUCAGUCACCAAAGUGCGAAGACGAUGAGUAUAUAGAAUGUCUGUGGGUGAGCGCAAGAUGCGCAUCACUCCGUUGAAACGGAUGUUUCAUCGUCUGCACGAUGCAGCGCAUGCUGUAGCCAUGAACACGCGGCGCUUCCAGACGUCAGCGAACUCCAGCAAGAACCCCACGUCUUCCCCACCAUUACCACGUCAACAAGCCGAGAACCCGUCGCUCCCGUCCUUCAGCCUCAUCAAGCAACUCCAGACCGCAAAACCAGCAGUGCGCUAUACUAUUUAUGCCGGCCUUGGUCUGAUGGCUACCGUUGAGACAACUUUCUGGUUCCAUGUUCUGCGAGCAAAGUUCUUCCCGCGUGCAUCGAGAGAGGAACAAGAUCAGGCUGACGCACUCCUGGAUCGCUUGAGGGAUGCGAUGAGAGGCUAUCAUAGUGUGUGGAUGGCGAAUUACGGUAGGUACUACGCCGCGCAUGUCUGGGGAUUGGGGUAUGGAGGACUCAAUGGAUUAGAAAGUGACGGGCAUUGACCGCUUCUUGCGCGCGCCCUACUGGCUACGUGAUGCAUGGAGUGGCGCAAUAGGGCAUAAUAGGGCAACAGCCAGUGUGCGCCCCGCGUCUGCCUUUCCCGAAUCAUAGAAAAUGGUACAUAGUGUGCCUUUC